UAGGGUUCUUGGGCGAAUGCCGCGGUACACGACGUCCCAGACCUACACAGAGGGCAACACCCAGGUAGUGACUCUCGCCAGCACUAGGGGCGAUGGCAAGGCGCUGGUCCCAGCCUCGGAGCCGGCGAUCCCAGAGAUCCCGGCCGAGGACGAAGACCUCGAGAUUAAGCUCCGGCGGAUCACGGAGCAAGUUCCCGUGCGCAUCAGCAACACAUCUGGGAGCUCCGCUGGGUCUGGCUCGGGAGAUUUCCACCAGUACCGGCAGAUGAGACGCAGGGAGCAGGAUCGCCUGGCGCGGAUGGAGGCGGAUUAUCAGAGGAAGAAGGAGCAGACGGAGUUUGCGAUUCGUCGCGAAGCCCGGCUCAAAGAGGCCGAGGAGCGAACGGCCAAGAGGAGGGCAAAGAGGCUAAAGAAGAAAGAAAAGAAGAAGCAAAAGAAGGACAAGGCGGUGAAAGAGCCAGGCGUGGAGGAGGCGGACAAGGCGAAAGGCGCAAACGCUGGAGAAUCCAGCUCCGACUCAGAGGCCGAGUAGUAAGGAAAGGUGGUAGUUUAUUUCCUUCUCAAAGCGGAACUUUGAAUAUAUAGCUCAAAGUCAGGCAAGCGUUGGAGCUUUGUCACUUAACCUUCGUAUUUUUCUCUCUUUGUUAAGAUCGAUGCCCAGAUGCUUGAUCCUGGCACAAUGGUAAAAAACUUCUGGUGCCCCACCUCGAAGGAUAGUACAUCUAGAAAUAAAAAAUGGAAGGAAAGCAGAAAAGUCUACAUUGGGACGGACUGAGCAUGGACGGGCUUGCGUACGUAUAUAAAUCAGAGGGGGAUCCUCGCGCCGCCGCCACGCCUGGGCCUCUUCCUGCGCAGGGCCUACUACGACAGGCUCACGGUGGCUGAGGUGAGAGAGCUCAUCGGAACGAUCAUAGAAUAUGUACGGAACUUGAACCUCCGCGAGGUUCGCGUCAACGAGCCCUUUGCGUGGGCGGUCACACUGACGGGGAGCGUCGUGGUGCGAGUGCAGCUGCUGGUGAUGAACCAGAUAUGGGGGGAAGAUCGCGGGGGGAUAUGCUCCAUGCCGUCCUCCAGCAACGUGUAUCCGUUUGGGGAUAUGGUAAACGCUGUGCGUGAGAUGGGGGAGUCUAUCUUCUACGAGCUUUUGGAUCGAGAGCGGUGGUACGGCGCGGUAGAGAUUGUGUUGAGGGCUUUUGGGAUCACGUAUGAGGUGCAGAGGGACGAGCUCUUGGCUCUGGGUGCUGGCUAUGGAAUCAUGAGGGAGUGUAGUAUAUAUUGAGGAAGUUGCGAGCAUUAUUCAAAGACCAAGCAAUUAGUUAGACAUGUUUAUUAAAGGUAAAUAGAUAUUACUAAUAUUUGAUUC